UUCAUUUACAAAACUCCAGCGCGUAAUCCAGUCUGAAGCAAAUGAGCCGAGGUUCUAACAGAUGCAGCGCGUUGCACAAGUAUUCACACCCCAUAUAAACCUUUUCAGUUUGUUGCGUCACAGCAGCAGACUUUAAUGUUUUUUUUUUUUAUAGAACAUUAACGUGAAAGACAAAAGAAGUGCUGGACUGUGAGAUGGAAAGAUCUGAAAAGUGUGGCGUGCAUAUAUCUUAAGCACCCUUAACUCUGCUACCCCUAAAUAAAACCCAGUGGGACAGGCUGUUUUAGGAAGUCACCUAACAAGAAUACAGACCAGCUAUGUGUCUCUUAAUCCCAGCUGCCCAUCCAGAGGACAAUUGUAACUCUUGGAAAGCUGCAAAGAUCCACAGCUGAGGUUGGAGACUCAGUUGACAGGACAUCCCAUAGUUUUGUGCACCACAAAUCUGGCUUUAAAAAACUGAGGCACUGCUGAAAGAAAGCCAUGAAAAGUCCUGUUUGCAGUUAGUCACAAGUCAUGGAGGGGUCAAAUAACCUGCAUGUGUCUUAGAGGGCCAGAGCAGAUGAGACGAAGAAGGUGCUGAGGAAAACUAACAAUGUACAUCACUCUGAACACAGACUCAACACAGUCAAACAUGGCGCUGUCGUAAUUCUUUCCAUAGGUUGAUGGGUGGAUGGAGCUCUGUACAGGGUAUUGUGCCCCUUUUCCAGGAGUGCAACUUUGAGCGGUUUGCUUUGCUGCCGCUGAAACUGACUGACAGCGCUGAGAGGUUUUGAACCUUCGAGGGCUCCAUGAACCACGUGACCCGGUGUUGGCGAGUGCAAAGUCUGCUGUUACUCUGUCUUUAUACAGCGCUGGUUCUAACCGUUCCAGCACGGUACCGCCCCCACCAGCAGACAGUAUUGCGCCUGGAUAUUUCUGUAUCUGCAAACUCUUGAAUUCCUGACGGCUCCGGAACAAACAAAAACAACCUCCUCCUUGCUGGAGCUCCUCCACGUGAGACCAGGGGUAGCGUGACUGUCCACCCCCGACCAGCAUGCUGUCAUCCCAUCACUCAGAAGUAUGUAACAGAUUCAGGGUGCAGAAAUGUCGUUGUGCCGUAAGAAAGCGAGGACACUCUGCAUGAUUGUGAUGAUCAACAUCUUCAUCUGUGCUCUGGCGGGCAUGUCAUGGAAACUUGGCCACAACAAAGGUAAUCCGAAGAGGGUUCGGCUUCCAUUCAAGAGGUUCUGGAGCCGACCGAUAAUGAGUGAAUCCUUCUGGAACAAGGAGCAGCAGCGCCUGGAUGUGAUUAACAACCCGCUUAUCAACUUGGACCUCUCCGGCGACUCUCCCAUUGCGCUGCCGGACUGGCUUAAUGAUACUGGACCUCUUGACCCGUGCGAAGUGGAUCACAGGGUCCCAAGGCAAAUCUUGGACUAUAACACCCUACCAAAGCAGUUCCAGGACUUUCUCCUACACAUGCGCUGCAGGGCGUACCCGAUGCGGAUAAAUCAGCCCCACAUCUGCAAUGAAAAACCCUUCCUCCUGCUGGUGGUCAAGUCGCUGAUGCCGCAUUUUGACCGGCGGCAGGCCAUUCGCCAGACAUGGGGCCGCGCUGGCCUGUUAGCCAGUCGGACUGUGGCGACAGUGUUCCUGCUAGGCAACUCUUCAUCUGUGGACAACUACCCAGAUCUGCAGGACAUGCUCAACCACGAGGCGAAGCUUCACAAAGACCUGCUGCAAUGGGACUACAGGGACACGUUCUUCAACCUCACCCUUAAAGAGGUCCUUUUCCUAGAGUGGUUCAGCGUGCACUGCCCUCAAGCUCAGUAUGUUCUAAAGGGUGACGAUGAUGUCUUUGUCAAUACCCUACGGAUUGUGGACUUCCUGAAAGGCUUGUCUGAGGACAAGGCCAAAGAUUUGUUCAUAGGUGAUGUUAUAAGAAAUGCAGGUCCGCACAGAAACAAGAAGCUGAAGUAUUUUGUCCCUGAGAGUGUGUUUGUGGGGCAGUACCCGCCCUAUGCUGGUGGUGGAGGAUAUCUGUUCUCUGGGGAUUUAGCAAUACGUCUUUACAACAUUUCCAAGCAGGUGGUCAUGUAUCCCAUUGAUGACGUCUACACAGGAAUGUGUCUGAAGAAGCUGGGCCUGGUCCCUGACAAGCAUGCAGGCUUCCGGACGUUUGGUAUUGAAGAGAAGUACAGGGGCCGGCCAUGCACCUACAGAAGCCUGAUGCUGGUUCACAGCCUAGCACCGCAGGAGAUGCUGAAGAUCUGGCCGUGGAUAGUCAACCCUGAGCUGGACUGCCAAUGACCCGUUUAAACUGAUUUGAAAGAUUUCAGACAAUCUGCUUUGCAUCUGAUUUAGUAUUUUAAAUCGAUCAUAGUAAUUUAUUGCUUUAAAGAGGAGGUGUGGUGGUGGUGCAGGGGCACUGUGUGCAAUCAAUGUGCAGAGGCCUCAGUACACAACGCGGCUGUUCUAGGUUUGACCUCCAGCCUGUAGACUAUUGUUGCAUGUCUCCCCCUAUUUCCUAUCAGCGCACUUUCAAAUAAAGGCCACAAGUGCCACAAAGAAGAGGAGUAUUUCACCAAAGCACAAGAAUUACAAUCACUCCCAGUCAGACGAAUCAGGUUAUUAAAAUGAUAAAUCUCAAUUGGCAUGUGCAGUAAAUCUAAUUGUAUAUUGUGUGUAUUUAUUUGGAAUGUCCUAAACGACUACUGUCAUUUUUUUUAG